AAAGAGGCGGUUACAGUGAGCAAUAGACUUACAGUCUGGCAAAGAAGCACCGAGGCAGAGCAUCCCUCUCCAUGACUCCAUCCUCCAUUUUUAUUUCUCUUCUUCUCCUCCUUUGAAACUGCUGUUGCCUCUUCUGGACUCUACUAAACUUUCAAUCGAAUCCGAAAAUGGAGUCACAUGGAAACCAUCCACCUUUCAAUCCAUGGGACCCACCAUUUCCACCUCCGCCGCACAAUUUCCACUGGGGGAAUCCUCCUCCUCCGCCUCCUCAUCCUCACCCUCCUCCUCCGCCUCCUCAUCCUCAUUCUCAUCCUCCUCCUCCUCCUCCUCCUCCUCCUCCUCCAUUUCCCGGCGAAGUGUUUCCCCAAUUUCCUCCCUUUCCCGAUCACGCUUUUCCUCCCGCUGAUGGAGGUUUCUAUCCUCCUCAACCUCAUUUCCCUCGCAAGCGCAAAUUCGAUAGACCUGAGGAUAAUAAUUAUGUAAAGCUUUAUGUUGCCGGCGUUCCCAAAACUGUGACACAAGAUGAGAUUUAUCGUGUUUUUGAAGACCAUGGAAAUGUUACGGAGGUUGUUCUUCUCCCUGAUAAAUGGACUGGUCAAAACCAUGAGUAUUGUUUUGUGAAGUAUGCAUCAACUGAGGAGGCUGACAGAGCAAUAACAGCUUUAAACAAUCGGUUUACUUUCCCUGGGGCAAUGCUUCCUCUUAAAGUAAGAUAUGCUGAUGGAACCAGGCAACGUCAAGUUUCUCAAAUUAUGGAGCGUCCGAUGCAGCAUGAGUCCUGCCUUCCUAGAUCAGGCCUGAUGCAACAUGAUUCGACGUUUCCCAGACCAGAAGACACUCUGCACAAGCUGUAUGUAAAUGGCAUGAAUAGAGAAGCGUCAACAGAGGAGAUCGAGGAAAUAUUUUCUUCCUAUGGUGUUGUUGCUGAUAUUUAUUUAAUGCGUGAUGAAAUGAAGCAAAACCGUGGAUGUGGUUUUAUUGGCUUCACUCAAAGAUAUAUGGCAGUGGCAGCAAUUAAUGGGUUAAAUGGAAGCUAUGUGAUGAAAGGGUGUGACAGACCAUUAGCUGUUCGUUUUGCUGAUCCUAAGAAGCCAAAGAAUGGAGAAUUCAGGCCAGCUCCUAAUCCUAUGUAUAUGUGGAAGAGUAGUAUACCUGAUGCUCUGCACUUGAGCAACUCAUCAACUACCAUGGAAGUAAACACAAGCUUUCCAAAUGGCAAUUUUCAAACAGUGGCAAACAGGUCGGAGUGCCCCGUCUCUUGUGAAAUGCAAACACUUCAGCAGCCAAUUUCAUCUCCAAGGUUUUCUCAGACAUCAUUGCAAAACUCACAAACGAUGCAGGGGAGCCCUCAAAUCUCCAGGCAUACGGAUUCUCAGUCGCACACACCAUUGCACUCAAACCGAACAUCAAUUAGCACUGUAGAGCAGCAGCAUGAUCAUAAGCCUUGCAGGGAUACUGGAUCAGACUCACAAACAGAGACCUCUGAACCUGGUCCCUGUCCUUCAUAUAGAAGUGAUUUGCCAGAGGAUCCUAUAGACUGUGACUGGAGUGAACAUAUCUGCCCAGAUGGAAACAAGUACUACUUCAAUUCCGCAACAUUUGAAAGCAGAUGGGAAAAGCCAGAGGAGUUUGCUAUUUAUGAGCAACGGUGGCGGAAUAGGCAAUUGCGCAAUCAAACUUGUCCAGAGUCCUGUCCAUCAACUUUAGAGACUCUAUCUAUUAAAGAAGAAUGUAAAAUUCAAACAGCACAAGAUCAGAGGGAAUCCUGUGAUUCUAAGACUCCUCCAUCGACAAUGUCAUGCGCUGUGGAACACACUCAUGAGCAAGUACAAGCAGAAACCAGUGUACUCGGUGGACCAGCUGUAGUUCAAUAGAUUGAUAUCAGACUUCUGUCGUACCUUCACUUCACUCUGCAGUGAUAUCUUUACUAGUCGAUCAGUGGUAGAACCUCACUCGCUGAGCUUCGGCUCUGCACACCUGCAGACGCCAACUGAAGAUGGCCUGUGUUUUCUGUUAUGGUAAUUGAUAAACAUCAAAGAAACAUUACUCCUAUGACCAAAAACAUGAAAAUGUACAAACAAUUUUGACCAAAGGUGCAACAUAACAUGUUCAAAAUCUCAGUUAUGUAGGCAGUUUUAUGAAGCAAAAAGGCAUAGUAAAAAGACUUUUGUUUUA